GUUCUUCCAAGGUCUCCUCUCCCCCUCCUUCGCCCUCCCUCCCCAACGGGGGAGCCUAUGUGUUGCAGGCGCGCGCUAUAAAGCUAAAAGCCCCGCUGUUCCCAUCAGAUUGGAAGUGCUUCGAAUGCUGCGCGCUCCAGCCACCAGACCACUGGGACCCGAACCUGCUCUCAGCUAUGAGUCCCCACCUGGAUUAACUCUUAGGUAACUCCUGCCCCCCCGCUCCACCCUAACUCCCCCUCCCACAGCCUCCAGCCGCUCUCCACCUGCCACCUCCGGUCUCUAACUCUCUGCUUCAGUCUUGCGGCCAUGGGGCGCGUUGGUUCUGUUCUGCCCGGUCAGCUGAGAGCCCGGACCGUUCUGUGAGGCGGACUCGGUGGAUUUAUGCUCGACGGAGCCGCAGCUACCAUCCGAGAGAAUCAGAGGAAGUUUGAUCUCCGGGAGGAUGCAGGUGACGCGUUGGUGCGCCGUGGUCCUCUUCACACCUGCGCUGUUCCUGGUCACAAGUGUCCACACCUCAAGGUCAGACAUUGUAAAGUCUGGAAGCCACAAAUCCACAUUAAAGCAUAUAUGGACAGAAAAUGGUAAGGAGAUGUCCAUCAGUAGGCUGCUUUCUCAGACUUUACAUGGCAAAGAGAACAGCACAGCCUUGGACCUUCACUAUAACACUCCAGAGCCCUACUCGGAGCAAGACCUGUGGGACUGGCUGAGAAAUUCCACGGACCUGCAGGACUCACGGCCACGAGUCAAACGGCGACCCAUGGUCAAGACGGGGAAGUUCAAGAAGAUGUUUGGCUGGGGGGACUUCCACUCAAACAUAAAGACGGUCAAGCUCAAUCUGCUGAUCACUGGGAAAAUUGUGGAUCAUGGCAAUGGCACCUUCAGCGUGUACUUCCGCCACAACUCCACAGGCCAGGGCAACGUAUCCGUCAGCUUAGUUCCUCCCACCAAGAUAGUGGAGUUUGAUGUGACAGCGCAGCAGUCGGUCAUCGACGCCAAGGACUCAAAGUCCUUCAAUUGCCGUAUAGAGUACGAGAAGGUGGAGAAAGGAGCAAAGAACACGCUGUGCAACUUCGACCCAUCCAAGACCUGCUACCAGGAGCAAACCCAAAGCCAUGUCUCCUGGCUCUGCUCCAAACCCUUCAAAGUCAUCUGCAUCUUCAUUUCCUUCUACAGCACUGACUACAAACUGGUGCAGAAAGUGUGUCCAGACUACAACUACCACAGUGACACUCCAUACUUCCCCUCUGGCUGAUGGCCCACCCUACUGUAGAUAAGUUGUGCACAGACUGGGGAUUCUGCCUAUCUCAGAGAAAAGUGUGUGUUAGCUGUAUGGUCCCUCAGCCAUUCAGAUAGGUUCUUUAUGUUUGAUCAGAUCAGUGGUUUGAAAUCUGUAGACACAUUUUUCAUGUCUAUGUUCCAAACCGAUGAAUAGACCUACGAGAUGUUUGAGAGGAACCCGGAAAACCCGGAGAACUCUGGUUCCAUGUUGUGUUUUAAACUUUAUCCUGUUUGUUUGAGUCAUAAUUCUUCACCAACCCAGUCCUGAAACGUUUUAAUUUGUUCAUUUUAGUUGAAUGUUUUCUUAUGUUUUCAUGUGUCUAUUCCAUAUGACAAACUCGCGGGGAAUGCCGUGCUGUUGAUGCCCUGCAGUCUUUUUUGUUUUUUUAUUAAAACUCCUCAUUAAAAAACUAGAAAAGGUAACAAACCCCAGCUGUUUUGUAUAAUUUACAGCCCAGCAGCUGAUGAGGACAUGAAUGUGAGUUUAGAAAUGUGACGUGGUCCUAUCUACACAGGGGUCAGCUGACCUCGAGUCAAUCCUCAGUUGUUGUCAGAUUUCCUCCUAGUGAAGCCGGCUGUUGAUGGAUGGACUGCUACCUGAGACUUGUGGGGGACCGGGCUUGCUCAUUAUCACCUGAUAUAUAAGCUGUAAUGUAUUGAAUUCUAUAUCUUAGAGCCUAAUUUGUAUGAAUGAUUUCUAUUGUACAUAGUAUUCUGAUUUAUGCUGCUUCUGUACAUGUCCCCCCCAGCCCCCCAGCCCCCCACCCCCACUUUAUGCUUGUUCUCAGUUUUAUCAAAGAAAAAAAUGUUGCUGCCCUAGAUGUGAAAUUCAUGAAAACAGCCAACCUGUACACAAAAGCUGUGAAACCCACUAAAUAUAUCAAAAUUC